AUGUCAGCGAAGAUCUUCUACAUUCUGCAUUAUAGAACAAAGACAUUGAUCCUUCGCCAACUCCCAGUCAGUUCUCAAAACCUAGCAGCUCAAUAUUAUCUAAUUCGAACAGUGUCGCAAGCUCCAGCAAACCUGAUACAGAGAAAGGUACAGAAUGUUGGUGGCUUCUAUGCCAUUCAAAGCAAACAGAAGAAUCAAAUAGGAAAUCAAGGGACAUCUGGAGGGGCUGCUCAGCCGGGAUCAAGAAACAAUCAAGGAGCUAGUGGGAGUAAAAGUAACGAGAAAAGCAAAGAAAGUGGAUCAAAGGAAGCUAUCAAGGAAGCAUAG